AUGUUCCGAUCAACGCCCCGACCGCCAGUUAUGGAGGAUUGGGACGGACCAGAUGUGGGCUUCCGAGAGCAGCCUAGUGAUGAAGAAUCAUGCAAGAAACUAAAAGAAGAACACAUCAAAGCAAAAAUUUCGCGGGUUUUCGUUCAAACACAAGCAUCUGAUACAAGCCUUAUUCUUAAGGAUGGAUAUCAAUGGAGGAAAUAUGGACAGAAGGUGACUAAAGACAACCCUUGUCCAAGAGCUUAUUUCAAGUGUUCUCAUGCUCGUACCUACGACUUUGCAAUUCAUUCUUAUGGGAACAAUCAAAAGGAAGUUAUAAGUUCAUCUCUAGCGUUUUCUUCCCAAUCCUCCUCCCCCGUUUCUUCAAGUUCUGAGGUUUGCGUUCUUCACCGAGUUUUCAAUCCAAUUACUCUAGCCAUGGCCAACCCAUCCGACUCUGUUCCUAAUCCAUCGGUUUUCCAACCUAGUCUUCUUAUUCGAAGUCACACUGGGGUUAUGCCAAACUUCCCUUCUGUUGUACCAUCGUCUCUACCAACUGGUCAAGGUCCAAGGAGGUCGUCUCCACCAUCUCCACAUAGUCAGAGCCAUAUAAGGUCGUCUGUCACCACCUGUGGUCUUGUAAAUUCAUUGUAUUGA